GGUACACGUUUGCCUUUCGUGUACGGCCCUGCAGACAGCGGCAGGCUUCGGGCUAUAUGGAUACGAAAGUGGGUGGGAAGCUGGGAAGCUACGAUGGACAGUCAGGUUUGACCCACGCACACUCCAUCUACCAGUCACCCAGCAUUCUCACCGUAACGAAGAUGUACAUCCACAUUGAAGCACUCUAGGGCUGGCGGGCCUUGGCCUGCGCUUGCCGCACGCCCGCGGGGCAUCGGUCACCUGUGAAGUAGUUUGUGCCCCGGGAUGGCAAGCGACCUAAAGCACAGGCUCGAGGAUUACGUGGCUGCUCGGCUGCACUCCUUCGCCGCCCGCUUCGCCUCGCAGCACGCCCCGCACCUGCCCCCCGCCGACGUGCACCAGGCAGUGCAGGAGGAGCUGCGCGCCGCCCCGCCGCGGACCCACAUCGAGCUGCUCCUGCUGACGACGACAACGACGCUGCGGGCGGGGGAGCAGCAGCAGCAGCCGCAGCAUCCAGGCAGCUGUGCCUUAGCGGCCCCACCACCAGCUCAGCAGCAACACCGGGGCCUGCCACCGUCGCCACCACCAUUGCCAUCAUCAUCACCGUCACAAGCACUGCCGCAUGCAGCGCUGGUGGCAGGGCGCCCCCACCCAGCUGCGCGGCUCCCUGCACAAGCGCUUCCGUAUGGCAGCCAGCCGCCGCGGCAGGAGGGGCAGCAGGAGGGGCCUGAAUGCCGGCAGCAGGGCACGCAACAGGGGGCCUGCAAGCAACACC